AUGGAGAAAAAACCUUCGCCCGGAGUGCUCGCGAUACUUGACGCCGUCAAAACCCAAUGGUACCACUUCACCGCCGUCGUUAUCGCUGGCAUGGGAUUCUUCAACGACGCCUAUGACCUCUUCUGCAUCUCCCUCGUCACGAAACUCCUCGGCCGUAUCUACUACACCGACCCCAAUUCCCCCAAACCGGGUUCCCUCCCGCCCAACGUCUCCACCGCCGUCAACGGGGUCGCCCUCUACAGCACCCUCGUUGGCCAGCUCUUCUUCGGAUGGCUCGGCGACAAGCUCGGCCGCAAGAAGUUCUACGGCAUGACCCUCGCCAUCAUGGUCUUCUUCUCCAUCGCAUCGGGCCUCUCUUUUGGUCGCAACCCCGCGGGAGUCAUUGCCAUACUCUGUUUCUUCUGCUUCUGGCUAGGGUUCGGCAUCGGUGGCGACUACCCUCUCUCCACCACCAUCAUGUCCGAGUACGCAAAAAAGAAGACGUGCGGCACAUUCAUCGCCGCGGUAUUCACGAUGCAAGGAUUCGGCAUCAUGUGCGGAAGAAUCGUCGCCCUGAUCAUCUCCAGCGCUUUUGAUCACACGCUCAACGUGCCACCGUACCCCGCCAACAUAGCCGCGUCGCUCCCCCCGCAGGCUGACUAUGUCUAG